AUCUUGUAAUUGAUUUAGUUCUUCUAAAUCAUCUCUCAGCAUAACAUUCUGCCAAACGUUUAACAACGCAUUUGUUCGGUUCGGUACGGUGUUCCUCAUAAAACAAACCAAAAGGUCAUUUAGGCAAUUUAUCAAAGCAUAUCACAUAAUCAGAUUCGAUUUCGUUUCUGUCUGUGUCUGUGUGUUUGUCAGUGUCAGUGUUUCUUCAUCGUCUCAUUACCAAGUAAUAACUAAAAAUGGAGGAAUUACCUAAAGAACAAAUUGCCCUCUUGCGCAAUGCCUUCAACGCCUUUGAUCCGGAGAAGAAAGGCUAUAUUGGUACUCAGAUGGUUGGCACAAUAUUGAGUAUGUUGGGCCAUCAGCUGGACGAUGCUACCUUAAACGAAAUUAUAGCUGAAGUCGAUGAGGAUGGCUCGGGUCAAAUUGAGUUUGAAGAAUUCACCACGCUAGCAGCUCGUUUCCUGGUUGAAGAAGAUGCUGAAGCGAUGCAAGCAGAACUCAAAGAAGCGUUUCGCUUAUACGAUAAAGAGGGUAACGGUUAUAUAACGACCGGUGUAUUACGUGAAAUCCUACGUGAAUUAGACGACAAACUCACUAAUGAGGAUUUAGAUAUGAUGAUUGAGGAAAUUGACUCUGACGGUUCAGGAACCGUAGAUUUUGAUGAAUUCAUGGAGGUCAUGACUGGCGAAUAAGACAUGAUUUUAUUUCUUCUUCAAAAACUAAAAAACAAAAA